UGAUCUGCGAAAAUACACAGGGACUCUGAAAACGCCAAGAGUUCAUCAAUGUAACUCCGGUCAGUCAGAAACUGCGCCGUUCACCUGGAUAAGUCCGUCUUGACAAGAGAAGAGACAAAGACAGAAUUUAAAGAAAGAUUCAAACGCGAGUGGAGUGUUGACGUAAAACUGUGAAGGAAAAGAGAAGAAUAUGAUUGUCAAGCAGUACUUGAUCUUCAUCCUUUACAGCCUCUGCGCGAGCGUCUUUAAAGUGGCUGGGACAAAAAGCAAAGCGAAAGGUAGCCAGGGUCAGUUCCCCAUAACUCAGAAUGUGACGGUGGUGGAGGGGGGCACAGCCAACAUGACCUGUCGUGUGGAUUACAAUGAUAACACUUCCCUCCAGUGGUCAAACCCUGCACAACAAACUCUCUUCUUUGGGGACAAAAAAGCUCUGAGGGAUCACAGAAUCGAACUGGUCCGAGCCUCGUCGCAGGAACUCACCAUCCGAAUCAACGACGUCAGCCUGUCGGACGAGGGACAGUACACCUGCUCGCUCUUCACGAUGCCUGUCAAGACCACCAAGGCCUUUCUCACUGUUCUGGGUGAGCAUGUGCAUUUUGGUGCAACCCCCAUAGGAGCGCCCGGACGACCAGAGAUCACAGGAUUUACCAAGCCAGCAAUGGAGGGGGACAUGGUCACUCUCACCUGCGCCACAUCAGGCAGCAAACCAGCUGCUACCAUCCGAUGGUUCCGAAAUGACAAGGAGGUCCAAGGCACCAAGGAGGUGAAUGCUACAGGAAAGUCUUUCACAGUAAGGAGCAGCCUUCAGUUCCAGGUGGACAAGCGGGAUGACGGCGUUGCCUACACCUGCAGCGUGGAGCACGUGUCGUUGUCCAAACCCUACAUGACAACCGAGGUCCUGGAGGUCCACUAUGCUCCCCAUCUGGAGAUCACACAUUCACUCAUUAUCCCACAGGAAGGUCAAUACUUCAAACUGGAGUGUGUUUCCAUAGGCAACCCGAUACCCGAGCCAGUGUUGUGGUCUAAAGAUGGAGGCGAGCUGCCAGACAUUGAGCGCAUGAUUGUGGAGGGAAGGGAGCUUACCAUCACUACGCUAAACAAAACAGACAAUGGCACAUACCGCUGCGAGGCCAGCAACCACCUGGGGACCAGCAGUGCUGAAUACAUACUGUUUGUAUAUGAUCCUAACGCUUUAGGGCAGCACGGACCCGACCACGCUUUAAUUGGCGGCGUUGUUGCAGUCGUGGUCUUCAUCACCUUGUGUUUGAUAAUAGUCCUCGGACGAUAUCUGGCCAGACAUAAAGGUACGUAUCUAACACAUGAGGCCAAAGGAGCAGAGGACGCCCCUGACGCUGACACGGCCAUCAUCAACGCCGAGGGCAACCACGUGCACGCAGAAGAAAAGAAAGAGUACUUUAUUUAGACCUAUUUUUCCUCUCUUUCAUUUCAUGACAACCUUUGACAGCAGACAUGCAAUUUUAAGCUGUCUCAGCCUCACUACAUCUUUUUUUUAUUUAUUAUCUUUGUCUUUUCUAGAAAGCUAUCGUGCUUAGAUAUGCUUGUUUUCAAAGCAUUCACUAACAAAACAGACUUCGCAUUUUGUAAUAUAAUCCACAUACAAUUGGAUUAUGUCCUUUUCAGUUUUUCUGUGCCUAAAUGCUGUACAUCUUCUCUGCAUUUCUUUCAUUGCCUGCUUUUUUUCCCUCUCUACUCUUUUAUUACUUUACCUGUUGUACAACUUUUUGCAGUUUUUUUUUUUUUAAUUCAGAUGCAACAACAACAACAACAUUGUGCUCCAACUCAAGUCUCACCAUUUCAAAAGGUUUUUCUGUAGGAGCGAAAUAUGUUAAAUACAUCCAUUUUUAAGGAUUACAUGAUUGGCUUGGAUGCUUCCUCUCCACCGGCGUGCUGCACAUGUUCUAAAGCAUCUCAAAACAGAUCCGAUACUUUAACAAACACAAAGCAGAAGCACAAUCUGAGUGAUUGUCUCUAGAUGAAAUAAUCGCCCUCUUAGCAUCGUCUGUGUGUUCCCGCACUGAUUUAUUAAUUUUUUUUCCUUACACUGUUGAUUUGCACCAACAAAGAACAAGUUAGAAAAUUAAAGCACAAAGUCUGAGGACUAUUACAGAGGGGGGAAAAAAAAACAUCAACUGCUUCUUGUCUCAGGAUUCAGUACGAGUCUAGAUGGAGAGAUGGUGUCAGACAUGUGAUGAUGAUGAUGAUGAUUUCCGUUCAAUCGCAGUUAUUGUCUUGGAUGAAGAUCUUUAAUUUUUGUUGGUUAUUUGUCGUAAUAUCCAAACUGAGUGAGUGGAACCUCGCGUCGGUUCAUUAUUUAUGUUGACUUUUAUUGAACAACUAUGCUAAAUGUGUGGAUAUUGCUGUAAAAUACUUUGCUAACGUGAAUAUUAGUGAACAAUAUUGUUGACUCUUGGGAUCCCUGACACAUUACGAUUUGUAUAUUAGCACAUAUACAGCAUUUAAGGUACUCCACGAAUCUUUAAGUUCUUUCCAUUAUUUUUUCCCUGAGUUUGCUUUGCCGGGAGGCGUGUAAAUAAUAUGUAAGUAUUCAAUUUUAGUAAAAGGAAGAAAAACCUUUAAUUUCAGAUCAUAUCAGUUCCAGUUUCACUUCAACGACAGUGUUUUCACACUUUUGAAGGUUUCUUCAAACAGGGAUUCUAAUGAAUUGCUUAAAAUGUUUAAAAAAAAAUCUGGGUAAAAAUAUAUGUAUUUAUUAUUAUGACUGAUUGACUUUCUUAUAUUAUACUAUAUUGAUUGAUAUUAUUGCUGUUAUUACAAAGUAGUUGUCUGACAUUAACUUUUCCAUUUUUAUUUCUGUAAGUUCUCAUAAAAGAACAGUACAAGGAUCACCAUUAUGGCCUUUGAGUUUGCUGCAAACAGUACUAAUGACAUGUUUAGGCAUUGGUGAAUCGAGCAUCCCCUCACUGUAUAUAAUCACUGUAUCAAAGACAUUGAACCACAUUGCCAAUGCUCAUACAUGUUAUUUUGUUAGUUCAGUAUGAUGCUAUAAAUAACUCAUUUUGUACAAAGAUUUAAAUUGCUGUAAUUAAUUUGCUUUUUAUGGGGGAUGUGUGAGGUUUGCUUUUUUUCACAGUAUUGAAUAUUCAUUUUUCAACUAUGCCACUGUAAAAUGAAAAAAAAAAAAAGAGAAGAAAAAAAGAGAGACAAAGU